CGGAAAGUGAAUUAAAGUAUUCGGACGUAUACAUAUUUUUUAAGAAAAAAAGUUUUAUUAAACUAAAGAUUAAUUAUUCCGAUUUUUUUUAUUGGUUACAUUAAAAUAUAUACAUAAUGGUGACCAGAAAGGUAUCGUUUGAUUGUAAAAGGGAUAAAGCUCAAAGACGCAAAUCUAAAACCAAUAGAAUAUGUAAAGGUGUAAUAAUAAAUAUAUUAAAAACAUUCUUAUUAUUCUUCCGUCUCUGUAUGGAUUACUUCGUUGACUUUGUUUUAAAUAUCUAUUGGGAUGGGAAAAAUAAUGCUAUUCCUGAAUUAGAAAAGAAACAUGCUAUACUAAUGAAGAGUGCUGUAACACUAGCGGAGAAAAUUAGGAAGAGGGAAUUAAAGUCUGAAGAUCUUGUAACAGCUUGCAUUGAAAGAAUUAAACAGGUGAACCCAAUACUGAAUGCAGUCACCGACGAGAGAUACGAAGACGCCCUUAAAGAAGCUCGGGAAGUCGACAAGAUGAUCGAAAACGGCCUGUCCGAGGAAGAAUUCAAUAAGAAACCGUUUCUCGGCGUCCCUUUCACCGCGAAGGAAAGUCACGGCGUAAAGGGCAUGUUAUUCACCCUCGGUAUUGUUGCUCGUCGCGAUAUCCGCGCGGACGAGGACGCGGAGUGCGUGCGAUUAUUGCGCGACGCUGGCGCGAUACCCGUCGCUGUCACUAACGUACCGGAGAUCAACAAGUGGCAAGAAUCAAACAAUAUGGUGUUUGGGAGGACCAACAACCCCUACAACACGGGUCGCACCACGGGAGGGUCGAGUGGAGGGGAGGCCGCUCUGGCUGCUGCCAUCGCCAGCCCUAUAUCAUUAUGUUCUGAUAUCGGCGGUUCGACUCGAAUGCCUGCUUUCUUCUGCGGCUUAUUCGGUCUCAAUCCCACUGCUGGGUAUACGAGCUUGAAAGGGUCGGCCCUGCGGUCAGGCCUGGACCCCUCGAUGGCGUCCAUAGGCUUCGUCAGCAGACAUUGCUCAGAUCUGGCGCCCCUUACAAAGGUAGUGGCUGGCGACUCCGCCCCACUACUGCAGCUGGACAGGGAAGUCAGCAUUGACGAUAUAAAGUUCUAUUAUAUGGAGACAGUUAGAGAUAUUCGCGUGAGUCCCAUUCGCACGGAUCUGAGGGAAACUAUGAAAAAAGUGUUGACAAAGCUGACUCAGCGAGCGAAGACUACAGAGAAUGUUCCCAAAAAGUACUAUCAUGAAGGUUUCAACUACUGCUUCAAUUUAUGGCGACAUGCUAUGACUAAGGAAACUGAGAAAUUUGCUGAAAUGCUCACGAAUAAUAAUGGAAAAGCGAAUGGUUUUGUCGAGUUGGGAAAGAAGCUAAUAGGUCAGUCGCAGUACACUUUAGCAGCGAUACUAAAGUUGCUAAUGGAUCUAUCUCCCGCUGUGCCAAAAGACUGGGCCGAGCGUGUCACUGACGAUCUACGAGAGGACUUACUCAGCACACUGGGCACGAAUGCAGUGCUACUGGCGCCCUCUUCAGCGACAGUGGCGCCCCCACACGUCGCCCUGUACCUGAGGCCCUAUAACUUUGCGAUAUGGGGCGUUUUCAACGUUUUGAAGUUCCCCGCCGUGCAGGUCCCCCUCGGUCUGAACUCCGAAGGCCUGCCUCUAGGUAUCCAGGUAGUGGCCGCUCCGAAACAAGAAGCGCUCUGUCUCGCCGUCGCUAAGUACCUAGAAAAGGAAUUUGGGGGCUUUGUACCGCCUUGUAAAGUACCGCAAAAGGAUUGAAAGCUUUACCAUUGUUUAAAUAUCUUAUGAACUGUCGAAUGUGAUAAAACAACUCUAAUAAUGAAAAUAUAAAAUUUAUACAACAAAGUCAUAAAACAAAAUUAUUAUUUUUGUGUUACGGUUUCAAUCAAAGCUAGAGUGAAGGUUAUUUUAAAUGUGAAUAAGUAAUACACGUUUAUGAAUUGUUAUUUGUGUGUGAUCUCCAUUUUGUUAUAGAUAAAAUUUACAAAUGUUGUGGGUUUUGAUUUAAAUUUUAGAUUUAUAAUCUAUGUUGAGUAUAUCAUGAUUUGUUAAAUAUAAUGAAAUGAAAGACUGUAUUGAUAUCCAAUAUUAUUGUAAGAUUUGAAAUGUUUUUUGUAUAUGAACUCUAUUGAUGGUGAUGGUGUAAUAAUUUUAUCGUAAUAAUAAAUACGGUGUAAUAAGAAUGGAUAUGAUAUUAUAAAUAAAAGGCAUAUAAAAUGAGAA